AUGAGCAACUUGCGAACUUUUCGCGUCGUGCUCUCGCGUGAUGUCGAUCCAGGGAUCACAUCAUGGAACUACACAGUGGCCAACCUCCCGCAGGCCAGGCAGACAAACGCGGCUGGACUUGUCAAGUGCUUUUCCCUUGUUUCUUCGGGAACGGUGCAGGAGAUCGUCCUGCGGUUUGAAAGCGCGCCCUCCAACCGUGUUACACGCAAAGAGCCUUUGGACAGACUCUUCCUCGUUUCGCUGGCGGACUUCCGCUUGCAUUGGCCUUCAAAGUCGCCAGAUGACCCACCACGCGUAGCCACUGGCAGAGAGAACGGCGAUUACGUCACAAGAUUACUCACCACUGGCGUUGUACUCAAUGGGACUCACUACCACUUCUUUGGUCAUUCAAACAGCCAAACGAAGUCCAGAUCUUGCUUCAUGUAUGGCGCAUCGAAAGAAGACAUCUCUGCCAAGAUCGAAGCUAUGGGCGAUCUCUCGAAACUCAAGUCCGUAGGCAAGAAGGCAAAACGAAUUGGGCUGCUUUUCUCUAGCGCAGAGGCCGCGCUUGAUCUCUCCCCGGAACGCUGCAGAGACAUCGACGACGUCAAACGCGAUGAUUACGUUUUCACCGACGGAUGUGGUCUGAUAUCUCUUCAACUUGCUCGACAACUGGCUCAGAGACGCAACAUAAUAUUUCGCAAUCAGCGCUACCUACCGUCAGUAUUCCAAAUUCGAUAUCGUGGAUACAAGGGCGUAUUGACCUUAGACCCUACCCUUCAGGGUAAGGAACAGGUACAGUUUCGAGAAUCUAUGAGGAAGUUCAAGGAUGCGUCCGAUCACAGUUUCGCGGUCGUAGACUAUUCCAAGCCUUACGUCUAUGGUAGCCUAAACGAUGAGGUGGUGGUGCUCUUGCAUACGUUGGGUAUUUCGGCGGAUAUCCUUCUCGACAAGCAGCAGCAGCAUCUGCACUUCCUCAAUAACGUUAGCCAAGGUAAUCCUGGGGCAGCCUUCCAGUAUCUCUCAUACAGUGGCAGACUCGAUCUAGCAGAGAGACUUCUAUUAGAAGGCAUUGGAUCUGUCCACACGCUCCUAGGAAGGAUGAUUCGAGAAGAGUACACCAAAAUGCUGAACAAACGAGACGAACAACGAUGUCGGAUUCUGAUCCGCCGCUCACGGCUUCUCUUCGGUGUUUGCGACCCAGGAAGCAAGAAUGGUCACCCGGGAAAGCUCAGAGAAGGUGAAUGCUUUGUGCGGAUAACUGAUGUUGACGGGCGAGCGCAUACCAUCAUCAACACCGAGGUGAUGGUAACGAGAAACCCAUGCCUGCAUCCAGGCGAUCUCCAGAAAUUCAAGGCAGUAGAUAUCCCGGAGUUUGCUCAUCUAGUCGACUGCAUCGUGUUCCCAACUGAAGGGAGCAGGCCAAGCGCUGAUCUCAUGUCAGGCGGUGAUCUCGAUGGGGACAAAUGUAAAGCUCUCGUAUGCAUCUGUCUCGAACUCGCUAAUAUCUUUCUAGUCUUUGUGACUUGGGAUCCAGAUAUCAUUCCACGAACGAUGGCACAGCCCGCCCAGUACCCAGGAGGCAAAGAACUUGUAACUUUCGGCGAAGUGACCGGUGACGCCCGAGCGGAGUACUUUGCCCGAUACACCAGUGCGUCCCUGGGGAAAGUCAAAAAUCUCUACAUGAGAUGGGCGCGCCUCGGUCAUGCCAUGAGCCCGCAAUGUCAACAACUCAAUCGGUUGUUUUCUCAAUGCGUUGAUGGAAACCACAUCCGGAUUCCUGACGACCUCAAGGAAUUCACGAAGUUAGAGGAUCCGUCUGAACCUAAACAUACCGUCGCUCCCUUUAUCUUGGAUGUUCUGCAUGAUGCUUGCACCCAGCUCAUUCUUCAGGCUGACAACACACGACCCAACGACUGCGAUGAAGUCGACGUGAUGGAGCUCUUCCUCGCACGAGACAAGAUGGCGAUGUCUGAAUUCGAAUUACUGCAUCUUCUACUGCGCUGGUGUGAGCAUAGCGGUGAAGACAUCCUCGAAUACAGUCACCAUCUCGAUUUCAGUGCUUUGAGCGAUGAGCAGCAAAUAUGGUUUCUUAGCUGCCUUCCACCGUCUGCAACUGCGCCGAGUUUGGUACGGAACGGGCUUCUCCAGUCAGAACUCGUCACGCCUGACGAGGUGAGCAAGUUUCGUCUAGAUCAGCCGCACCUGCACUGGAAGCCGGUCUUCAGAUCGUCCACCGACCGUAUGCAAAGAUUCUUGCCUACCGUCUCUCAGGCCUUGGAAAUCUUCCACAAGAAACUCAUCAUCUUGACGGUGGAUAAACGUCUGAGCGUUGCGAUAUACGUACCAAAAAAGAUUGAAAGAGCGAGCGAAGUUCAAGUUGACACCGGCGUCGUAGUCUUCGCUUUCCCCCACUCACAAGGCCUACAUUCACCAAACUACAGAAUGCUCCCAACCAAGGUCAAUUACAGGCUGUUUUGCGAUGAGCAUAUGUUUCAAUUGUACGAAUGUCAGCGAAGUAACACAUGGAUCUUUCUGAGGCGUCCUCAUGCUGACGAUUCGCUCUACCGAAAUGAGAAAAACAAAGGAGACAAACGCAGAGCACGCGAGACUACUGUUCGCGACGGAGUCAACUUUGACUGCAAAGCUAGCAUUGCUUUGGACAAAGUUGGUCGAGGACUUCAGCAGCAUAUCGGCAAGGUGCAGCAAAAUGGGGUAUUGGGUGCGGAAAUCUAUGUCAUCAGCAACAGAGACAUCAACUCAAUGCGGGUGCUUGACGAGUGGCUUACCUUCGUCGACACUGAUGAAAUCUUACCGCUAUUUGAGAAACCGAACAAGAACUACGAUAUUCCCAGAUUGAGUUCUAAAGACUGGGCAGACUACCCCGAGACAGUAGGUGCCGUGGUUCGCGACAAAGACUUUGCUCACCUCCAAAAACUGAAGUCUGUGUCAGACCUGUCGACCAUCCUUGGUUUGCUCAAUGACCAUGGUGAAAAGAAGAUGCUCUUGGACACGUUCUCGCAUGUUCUUGCUUUUGAAGCAAGCUCCGCCCUCUCGCUAGACCGGACGAUCGUAGCGUCGACUCUCCUCGACUUCCUACCGAAUGCGGUGUACCUGAUACCCGCAUUCUUCCACUCUCAAACGUGGGAGACUCACAGGUCCUCGUUGGACGAACACCUUAUCCAUCUGGCCUUUAGUCUACUGAGACAUCUCGUCCUUUUGUCGGAGGAGAUGGGUACUUUCAUCCGGCGUCCAAUCCAAAUCCUGUUGCAAGAACUGAAGUGCAUCUCGUUGAGAGAGUUCGCCGACAUCGUGGAGCUCAUUUCGCUUACGGUCCGCUCUUCCGAAACGGCCUUGGAUUUUCUUCUUGGGGUGUUAGAGCCUGAAAGCUCGCGGCUUCUGGUAGGACGGCCGACUGCAAUUCGGCAAUUCACGUCAUCGUUGCUCGGCAUCGCGCUUGAUCAUGUAGAUGAAGCGUCUAGUGCUCGCGAGCAAAAGUCGCAAGAGUUUCUCGAGCUGCGCCUGGAUGGCCAUAGCGACGGCUACGCAAUGGUCAAGGGCACACUUCGCAUCGACUCUUCCUUGAAUGGAUUGCUCAGAGCUGGCGAUCACGUUCGUCUUACAGCAUCCGAUCCACCGCAGAAUGAUGUUAUCGCAAGGCUCUUCUCGAUGGAUGCUGUUGUGUCAUCAGCUGAACCAGGCAAGGUUGCAUUUCGGUGCCUUCAUCAUCCCCCGUCGUACCUUGGCAAGUGCGCCUGGAGUGUUACGCAGUGUGGAUCUUUCGUUACAAGCAAGACCUCGUUCGACGCUGUAACUGCUUUUUACACGGAGCGCGAAGCUUGUAGUGCCAUCUACGCGAUGCUUCUCGGUCUUCCUCCGCCAAACCAAGAUAAGUCGAUUGGCAUCGAGCUACCGGUGACUGUCGCCCCAUCACUGAACGGGAGUCAGAAUGCAGCGCUCAUAGCUUCGAUGAAACAUUCAUUGACAUUCAUCUGGGGCCCUCCGGGUACAGGAAAGACUCACACAAUUGUCGUCAUUAUUACCCAGCUGCUGGAAAAACUACCCAAAUUACGAUUCCUCGUUACUGCGCCAACGCAUAAUGCAGUGGAUAACAUGCUGAGGAGGUUCGUGGCCUACCCUGAAGCGAAGAAUGGUGGCAUUGUCCCUGUUCGGGUAUCGACGCAGCUUUCCAAAGUCGCUCAGGACUUACGUACGUACACGUGUGACGCCAUGGUCGGCAAAGAGCUAAGCGCGAACUUCCCAGCUCGGCGUAAGGCGCAGAAGCGGAUCGAAGAGGCCCGUCUCGUGUUUACUACGUGCACUGGAGCUGCGUUAGGUUUGCUUCGUAACGAGGCUUUCGAUGUCGUCAUCAUUGACGAAGCCUCACAGCUUACUGAGCCCGUAACCCUGGUGCCUCUUGUCAAAGGGUGUUCCCGUGCGAUAUUAGUUGGGGAUCAUGUCCAGCUUCGCGCCACGGUUCAACAAACUGCUGUGGUAACCGGUUAUGACGUUUCACUCUUUGAGCGCCAUUACAAUUUAGCACCGAGAGAAGGUGUCGCAAAAGUAAUGCUUGACACGCAGUAUCGCAUGCAUCGCUCCAUCUGCGAUUUCAGUUCCUCUGAGUUCUACGACGGCAAACUCCACACUGCUGUAGCUGACAACGCGCGUCCGCUGCCUCCUUCGCUCUUCCCCUGGCCUAAGACAAAUCGUAUGGUUUGGGUCGAAUGCGCUGCACCUGAAGACCUUUUCCAGCAAUCCAAGUCGAAUGCUGGCCAAGGCGACGUCUGCAAACGUAUCAUUCAGCUUCUGAAGGCAUCACCGGCAUCUAGUGGCUCGACUGCAACCCCAAAGGACUCCAUCGAAACCCCUACUAUCGCAAUAUUGACACCGUACACUCGUCAGAAGACCCUGCUUACAACAACAAUUCCGAAUGCUGAAGUCUACUCCAUCGAUAGCUUCCAGGGUCGUGAGGCUGACGUCAUUGUGUUUGUCACCGUUCGGUGCAACGCUCAUUACGCUUUGGGAUUUCUGGAUGACAUGCGACGGCUGAAUGUGGUCAUGACAAGGGCGAAAGCUGGUGUUGUGUUGGUUGGGCACAAAAACACGUUGACAGGUGUAGGGGCAGCGGAGACUGUAGACGAUAGCAAGCUGGUUUGGAGGAGAUUACUAGAGAGGUGCGAGGUUGUGGAGUUGCCAGCUCAGGCCGAGGACAGUGGUUCUACUCACUGA